AUGAGCAUCCAGUGCCCGUCUUUAGUACUCAUUGCCAACUGCCCAGCUUUCCCUAGCUCUCUUUCCCUAUCCUUUUCUGCCAGGGCGUCUUCAUAUUUCCUCUUCUCUUCUUUUAAUUCUCGUUCUGGCAUGGCUAGCACUGUAGUUAGCACUCCAGAGGCCACCCUUGGCUGGGUGCCCUCAAGGAACUCCUCGUUUUACAAGACAGCUCAUACGAUUGAUGAAGUAUGGACGUCUCAAUUCCUCCCUUCUACCCUCCAACUUCUAAGGAGGGUUUUGUUCCCUCUUCCUCUCUACUUACCUCGUGACAUUCUAUUUCACUUCUUCUGGAGUGUUUCUGGACCUCUCUUUGAGGUGUGUUAUCGAACAUCAGCCUUUUCGGUCCCUUCCAAUUUAGCCCGCUGUUCCUCCUGUCUCUGUGUUCUUCUAAAAAUGGCCCAAUUAGCUGCGAAUCCCAGUGGUGACUGGGUUAGGGCUCCCGACCGAAAAGGCAUGUUCAUCAUUGGUACUCCUGAAUUUUUUGUCUAUGAGGGCUGA